CUGCAAGUCCACAGAUAAAAUUCGUUUAAUUUUGCUCAAGUGGGAGUACAUGUAAAACAUAAGCAAAAUAAGUCGAGUCAAGCGAGGUGAGUGAGGUAACAAACAUUGUCAAUGUCAACAACAAAUAAACAACAAUCAAAAAACCACCGAGCGAUCUUCAGUCCGUUCGUAUCAGUCGCGUUUUAUUAAACCGUUGCAGCAGACGUGGUUGACAAUUCCACAACACACCAAGUAAAUUACAACAUUAAAAAUAAAUUAUAUCUAAAAUAAAAUAAAGACAAAGUUGGCGUUGAUACAUCUACAUUGCAAAAACUAUACAGCAUAUAUAUGUAUUUGCGUAUAAUAAUAGAGUGAGUCUGAAUGACGCGACGCCAAAUCGAAUAUAGUGCACGACCACGACCUGUACGGGGAUUUCGAUUUGUUUAUUCCGUUUACGCGCGGCGCCUGUGAACACAUUCAGUAGCCAGCCACCGAGCGUUGAGAGAGGAGAUCAAUUGUAUAAUUCCCGUAUGCCGGCUGUAUCGCUGGCAACGAGAGUGAUAACUCCACGCAAAUUCUUUCAAACGCGUUCUUAACCUCUCUGUGAAUGUUAUUGGCAUUGGCAAGGUUUCUGUGUCUAUUUUCCGCAUUGUUGUUCGCAAACGCGUGAACUUGGCCAUCAAAUAACAACAUUAACAACAUGUUCAAUUGAGUACAAGUUACUUUAGUUAACUAAAACUAAAAAAUGCUUUGGGUGGUGCAAGUGGAAGGUGGUCCAAAGCGCGUCAACCACGCAGCUGUGUCCAUUGAUAACAAGAUCUACACAUUCGGCGGUUAUUGUACUGGUGAAGAUUUAAGAGAAUAUUCAUCGAUAGAUGUGCAUAUUCUGAAUACCAAGACGUUUCGAUGGACGAAACAUCCAGUCAGUGAUCUACCAUACUUCGAAAAUGAUGAUAUUUUACCUUUUAAGAGAUAUGGACAUACUACGGUGCCCUACGGAGAUAAAAUUUACUUAUGGGGUGGACGCAAUGAUCGGGUAACUUGUUCAGUGCUCUUUUGUUUCGAUACAGUUUGGCAUUCGUGGACAGCGCCGAAUUGCACCGGUGAUAUUCCACUGGCUAGGGAUGGACACAGCGCGUGCAUUUGUGAUAAUAAGAUGUACAUCUUUGGUGGAUUCGAAGACGAGUCUGAUUCGUUCGCCAAGGGUGUUUAUAUGCUCAAUUUGGACAAAAUGCGUUGGCAGUAUAUUCAUACAAUAGGACCUGAACCACAAUUACGAGAUUUCCACACGGCAGUAUGCAUCGAUCACAAAAUGUAUCUCUUCGGCGGAAGAAGUUCCGAAUUUGAAAGUGGUGUCUAUUUACCCGGCGAAAAAUAUUGCCCGAAAUUAUGGUACCUUGAUUUAGUCACGUACAAAUGGCACAAACCUGAAGUGUAUGGUGAUAGACCAAUUGGCAGAAGAAGUCAUUCAGCUUUUGUAAGAGGUAAAAAAAUGUACAUUUUCGGUGGAUAUAACGCCAUCAAGAGUCAACACUAUAAUGAUAUGUAUGAAUUUGACACCACGACGAAUUACUGGACGAAAAUCAACGCUCUGGGUGAUCCACCUUGUGAAAGACGACGCCAGGCUUCGUUAAUAAUUGAUGAUCGUGUUUAUUUAUUCGGUGGUACAAGUCCGUUUCCUUUGCUGAACGACGAAUCUCGCGGUAAUGAUGAUAAAUUGAUUGAUCACAGCGAUAUGUACGUGCUGGAUUUCGUACCGACGUUGAAAACGUUGUGUCUAGUCGCUACUCGUAAAUAUUCAUUAAAUAUUUCGUCCUUACCUUGUAAUAUUAGGAGUGAAUAUAAGAAUAUGACUACUCCUAAUCAAAUAACUGUCAAUAGACCCUGGAAUUCAGCGGGAUAAAUCUGCACUAGAUAGAUUUAUGCAAUGGUAGGUGCUAGAAUUAUACAUUAAAUAAUUGCCCACGCCGCUACGGACUGUUAGGAAAGAACGCGAGAUUAGUUUUUUAUUUAGUUAAUUAAUUGUUAAUAAUUUCCUGCCGAUUUUCUCGAGUUUUUGCCAUCGCGCAGCUAUGAAAUGUCUUUUCUUCGAUUUCGUUAUCAUUUCAGGUUCUUUUGUGAUAUUUUUCUUAUAAGAUACGAUUGCAAUCACAGUCCUAAUUUUUGUGAAUGAUUUUUUGGUUAUUUAAUCGCGCUUAUCGUCAGUGGCGUAGCUAGUACAGCCACCCCAUCCUACGUCACUGCUUGAUGUAUAUAAUUGUACUGAUUUACGAUUAGUACUGAUAUUUAUACUCUGUAUUUCACGUAAAGCAGAAUAAAACAUUUACAAAUUA